AUGACUGUCCGCACGCAGUACACCAACAACGGCGACUACCGCAACAUGCACAGCCUCAAGGUCACGGCCACGAUCUUGACUCACUUGUCGACACACGCCACCCCGGCACUCCCCGGGCGACACAGACCCAAUCCGACACGGUUACCCAGCAUCCAUUCACUCUUCACUGUCGACGCCGCACAUGCUAUCGCUGCGGUUCUACCGCCGCUGCAAUGCGCCGUCGGUCUUAUCAACCUCGGCACUCCUAUCGGCCACCACCAGUCUCCCGUCACCAGUCCAGCCAAACCCGUCGUGGGCUCUCCGACCAGCCCCGGCAUGACACCGGUCGGACCAAUCUGCCAGAGUGACUCCACCUCUGCUACGUCUGUAUCCAUCAGUUCGAAGACUCGGCGCCCGCUGUCCCUGCAUGACCUUCUGUCCACCGAGACAACGUCCACUCCAUCAACACAACGCUGCACUAACGUCCACCACCGGCGUCAAUGUGGUAUUGCCGACUGCCAAAAGUACGCUCUGACUGGCGGGUUCUGCAUCCGACACGGUGGCGGUAAGCGCUGCAACUUCGAGGGCUGUCAGACUGUGGCACAGAGUGGUGGGCGGUGCAAAGCCCACGGAGGCGGCAGUAAGUGCAAAGUGCCGGGAUGUGGCUCUGUGGCGCGCCGCAAAGGCUUCUGUAUGACGCACGGCGGACGUCAGCAGUGCAAAGUCGAUAACUGUGGUAAGUGCGCGCACGGCGGCGGCUUCUGCAUCUCGCACGGCGGCGGUAAACGCUGCUCCUCUAAGGCCUGCAACAAGAGCGCACAGGCCGGUGGGUUCUGCUACAGUCACGGAGGUGGUAAGCGCUGCGCCGCGCCCGAAUGCUUCCAGGCCGCGCGCAAGGGUGGACUCUGCAUCCGACACCGGAAGCUCGCGGCGGCGCGGUGCUUCUGA